AUGGAUGCGGUUGAUGUUGUUGCUGACCUCUUCUCUGCUUAUUCUUCAGGUGAUAUUGAUCAUGUUAUUCGUCUGAUUGGUGCUGGAGUGUCUCCUUUUACUACCAACGAUGAAGGUAACACAUUGUUUCACUUGUGUUGUACCAAUAAUACUGACGGACCGAGAAUGCUAGAGCGUCUUUUGAUGGUAGUUCCCCUCGUAUUUACCUCAUUGAGUGUAUCAUUCCUCUUUGUUAAAAAUAAUGAUGGUAAUACUCCACUUCAUCUCGCUUGUUUUGAUGGAAUUAUGGAGUGCGUUGAAUUAUUACUGCCACGUUCACCGCCUGCUGUAAAUAUAUUUGAAUUAAGUAACAAUGCUGGUUUAUCUCCAUUGUAUUAUGCUAGUGAAGCUGGGCAUAUUGAUAUAGUAAGAUCAGCUAUUUUAAAGCAUGGUCCAUUGAGUAUUGAUAAUAUCAUUAAAUGUAUAGACGUUGCUGGUAGUUGGCAAAUUAUUCAAUUGUUAUUAAGGAAAAUUACACUCAGAGAUAUGAUGGACACGUGUAAUAAACAUGAACACACUCAACACCUCCUAAGACUCUUUCCUAUGGAUAACGAAUACUUUCAGUUAAGUGAUGGAAUGACAACUGUACUUCAUUUAGCUGCUUUAUCAGGUGAUUUUACUUUUUUAAAUUUAGGCUUCGAUAUAAACAGUUUAGAUAGUGAUGGCUAUACUCCUCUACACAGAGCUAUUGAAUAUGGUCGUGUAUCAAUAGCAAAACGUCUUAUUAGUCAACCCAACUGCAUUUGUGGAACAUCAACUAGAAAUUACAAUGUAACUCCAUUACAUGAUGCUACUAGUGAAUUAGGUGACCUAUCAUUAGUAAAGGUUCUGGUGGAAAGAGGUGUGGAUGUUAAUAUUAGUAACUGUAAUGGUUUAACUACAUUGCAUUGUUCUUGUAUUUGGGGUCACUUAUCAAUUGUGGACUAUUUAACAUCUCUUCCUCAAAUUAAUUAUACAAGAGAUUUUCGGGGUAGAACAUGCCUUCAUUUUGCAGCAGAAUUUGGGCAUGUAAAUAUAGUCAAGUAUCUUGUUGAAUCAUGCAAUCAUGCUAUUAAUGUAGAGGAUAUGUAUGGCAAUACUCCACUGUAUAUGGCAUGUCUUUAUAAUUACUUACCAGUAGUAGAGUAUUUAACACGACAUUCAAAUUGUAACAUUAAUAGUAAUAAUGAGAGACAUCCUUUAAUAGGAGCAACAGAUAAAGAACAUUUAGAAAUAGUAAGGCUUUUUAUUGAAUCUAGUGGCUGUGAUAUUAAUGUUAGAGAAGAUGAAACUGGGUCCACUUCAUUACAUAAAGCAUGCUAUAAUGGAUCACUGUCAAUAGUAGAAUAUUUGAUAUCUAAACCACAGUGUGAGAUUGAAGCUAUGGACAAAAAAAGGAACCAACCACUUCAUUAUGCAGCAUGUCAAGGACAUAAGAAAAUAGUUUCAAUAUUAGGAAAGAAGGUGAGUGAAGAUGGUUUAUCUAAAUGUAUAGAAUCAGCCAAGCAACUAGCAGAACCAGAUAUAAUGAAACUAUUAAAUAAUCUUUAUGAAGAUAGAAUAUCAUUAAUUGAUGCAUGUAAAUCAAAUAAUUUAGACAUUCUACAUCAAAUUGUGAUCUACAAACAGUACGAUGUUAAUGCUAAAGGAAGAGAUGGCUUCACCCCUUUACAUGUGGCUUGUUUUAAUGGUAAUUUUAAAAUUGUUCAAUUUCUUACAAGUUGUACUGAAAUAACUGAAUGCAAUAUAGAAGCUAAAGACAAUGGUCAAAAUAGGCCACUGCACUUAGCAUGUCAAUCUGGAAAUGUAGACAUUGUACAUCAUCUUAUGAUUGAUAAACACUGUGAUGUUAAUGCUAAAAGAAGGGAUGGCUUAAGUCCAUUACAUGUGGCAUGUGAAAAUAGUCAUUUUGAAACUGUUAAAGUUUUAACAAAUUAUCCGCAAUGUAAUACUGAAGCUGAAGACGAGUCUAAUGACAGACCACUACACAAAGUAUGUCAGUCAGGAAAUGUGGAUAUUGUACAUCAUCUUGUGAUUGAUAAACACUGUCACGUUAAUGCUAAAGGGAUGGAUGGCUAUACACCAUUACAUUAUGCAUGUGAAAAGGGUCAUUUUGAAAUAGUUAAAAUUUUAAGUAAUCGACGACAAUUUGAAGCUAAAGACAAGUCUAAUGACAGACCACUACACAAAGCUUGUGAAUCUGGAAAUGUUGACAUUGUACAUCAUCUUGUGAUUGGCAAACACUGUGAUGUUAGUGUUACAGGGUCUAAUGACUUAACUCCAUUACAUUAUGCAUGUAAAAAGGGUCAUUUUGAAAUUGUUAAAAUUCUGACUAAUCAUCCACAAUGUAAUAUUGAAGCUGAAGAUGAUUAUAAUUACAGACCACUACACAAAGCAUGUGAAUCUGGAAUUUUAGACAUUGUACGCCAUCUUGUGAUUGACAAACACUGUGAUGUUAACGCUAAAAGGUGGAAUGGCUUAACUCCAUUACAUUAUGCAUGUGAAAAGGGUCAUUUUGAAAUUGUUAAAAUCCUGACUAAUCAUCCACAAUGUAAUAUUGAAGCUGAAAACAAAUCUAAUGACAGACCACUACACAAAGCAUUUCAAUCAGGAAAUUUAGACAUUGUAUGUCAUCUUGUGAUUGACAAACACUGUGAUGUUAAUGCUAAAGGGUGGAAUGGCUUAACUCCAUUACAUUAUGCAUGUGAAAAGGGUCAUUUUGAAAUUGUUAAAAUCCUGACUAAUCAUCCACAAUGUAAUAUUGAAGCUGAAGACAAGUCUAAUGACAGACCACUACACAAAGCUUGUGAAUCUGGAAAUGUUGACAUUGUACGUCAUCUUGUGAUUGGCAAACACUGUGAUGUUAGUGUUACAGGGUCUAAUGACUUAACUCCAUUACAUUAUGCAUGUGAAAAGGGUCAUUUUGAAAUUGUUAAAAUCCUGACUAAUCAUCCACAAUGUAAUAUUGAAGCUGAAGAUGAUUAUAAUUACAGACCACUACACAAAGCAUGUGAAUCUGGAAAAUUAGACAUUGUACGCCAUCUUGUGAUUGACAAACACUGUGAUGUUAACGCUAAAGGGUGGAAUGGCUUAACUCCAUUACAUUAUGCAUGUAAAAAGGGUCAUUUUGAAAUUGUUAAAAUCCUGACUAAUCAUCCACAAUGUAAUAUUGAAGCUGAAGACAAAUCUAAUGACAGACCACUACACAAAGCAUUUCAAUCAGGAAAUUUAGACAUUGUAUGUCAUCUUGUGAUUGACAAACACUGUGAUGUUAAUGCUAAAGGGAGGAAUGGCUUAACUCCAUUACAUUAUGCAUGUCAAUGGGACAUUGCCAGUUAUCUUGUUCAAGAUAAAGGUUGUAAUACUCAGGGGAUUGAUAAGAAGGCUACUACCUAUCUUCAUAUUCGUCAAUCCAGUGGUAUAGCAUUAUUACGUGUUGUUAAGUGUAUAUUGACAGGUCCUCCUGGUGCUGGGAAGAUACUGGUGUAA